UUUCGCUCGCAAAUUUGGAAGUCUAUUAACAUCAGUCUUCCUCCGUCAGAGCCAGAGGAAUCCAACAGUAAUAGCAUUUCUCUCUCUCUGUCUCUCCUCCACAACCAGGAAGUGCAGUAGCAGUUCUCAGUCUCCAUCUUAUGGGAACGUCUUCAAAACCCUUAAACAUUCCUUCCAUUGACCGGUGCUUCAGCAAAUCAAUUCCGGUCUCAACUGUUCCCUGUUUCGUUCUCUUCUUCUUUUUCUGCACACAGUUGAUGGAUGCCUGAAGCUGCUGUAACCAUGGUAAGAAGGUGAGGGAAUAAAAAAAUGAGUUUUGGGAGGAUGUUUGGUGGCGUUGUUAUUUUCCUUGUCAUCCAAGUAGAAAACUAUAAUGAAGAGCUUGUGCUUCUGCCUGAGCAACUAUGGGUUGUCUUUUGGAACUCAUUAUUUCGUAGACACUCAAAGGACAUGGAGUUCAAUGCAGAGCCAGAGAUCUGUGAAAAAUGUGGCGACAAGGGUUAUUCAGAACUUCUGAUUUACUGUUCCCGGUGUAAAGUGUCUUGUGAGCAUCGCUACUGCUUAGACAAAUUGCCAGAACGAGAUGUUCUAGAAGUCCUUUGGUCAUGUGAGCAAUGUGAACCUCGGAAAUCAUCUUCCUUCAACAGGCUUGGUUUACGUCCAUCCAGAACAAGUGAAUGUCUGACGAAUAGGAAGCGGAAAAAGACAACCGAUUCCUCAAAAGAUGAGAUACAUGUGCGGAAUUAUGACACUACACUACAAUCUCAUGAGGUUUGUUUUAAGGGCGAUACACAGAUGAACGACAAUGUGCCUGACCCUGCAGAGGUAGCAACUGAUUCUUUUCCAUGCAAGGAAAACUAUAUUCAGCGGUAUUCUAAUGGUAAUAGUGAAGAAUCUAUGAAGUCAAAAAAGCGGAGGAGAAAAUCAAUAUUGCAUGAUGAGGGGAGUUCAGAUGAGGAUACUGAAUCUGCUAAAGACAGAAACUCUCCAGUAACACCUGAUAUCAGGAAUGCUCCUUUUGACCUCUCAAGCCAUGAAAUAUCUCCAGGAUAUCGUUGCUAUGGCCCUGCGCAGCCAAUCAUUGAUCCUGUCUGGAGGGGAUGCUUUAGCAUAUGUAAUGAAAAGUCUGGUAAAGUAGUAGGUACUGUCGCCCAUUUAUCAAACAAAGCAUGCUCCAAAGUGUUCGAGGGGGCAAAUGCACUGCCAGUUUUGCUUGGAGUGGAAAUGCUGCCAAGGCUUAAUGCCUGGCCGAAAAGUUUCAGAAUAUCAUUGCCCACAGAUGACAAUAUUGGUCUUUAUUUCUUCCCUGGAAGCAGACGUGAUGAAGCAGUGUUUGAUGGGCUUCUCCAUGAAAUAAUUGAUCGGGACCUCACACUGAAAUUCGUAACUGAUAAUGCAGAGCUCCUAAUAUUCUCUUCUCUUCAUUUGCCACCAUUAUUCCAUAGAUUUCAUGGGAAGUAUUAUCUCUGGGGUGUAUUUAGGGGGAAGCAAGUUUCACAUCCCCCAAAACCAUUUGACCAUCUUUUGAUAAAAGAAAGCAGCAUCAAGUGUGACAUGCCAUCCAUAUCAGCUGGUAAUUUUGGCAGCCAAAAAGGGAGGGAACCCAUUAAGACCUGGAGCCAGCGGAGUCCUCUUAGUCCAUUAAGCAUGAGAAGCAGCUAUGGGACCUGGAGAAGUAGCAUGCAUAUGGAGAGGGAAAGCAACAUGCAUAUGAAGAAGAGGAAAAACAGAAUGAAUAUGAAGAGGAGGAAAAUCAGGAUGAAUAUCAAGGGGAGGUGAAAAUGGAAGCUUGUGAUGUGGUUCUAUCACACAAUUGGAGAACCAUGGCUUGAUUCUUUUUUGUGCAAGAAGGAAAAUAUUGAUACUGCCAAACCCUGUUUGGAGUUGUUUCUGUCAGGAAUGGAAGAUAUUGUUCUUAGUUUCAAAAGUGGCAAGCAAUAGUAAAUAAUCCUGCACUCUUAGUCAUUGUGCAGUGUUCUAAGAGUUGUUGCGAUGGUGCUCUCUUGGUUCUGCAGUAUGCUGUUCCUUGGUUUUUUGGUCGUCACAUAGGAAACUCGGCAGGAUAAAUUGAAGCUGUUCUAGUAUCCUUCCAUGUCAAGAAGAGCUCAUUUUUAGCCUAUUCUAAGGAAAUGCUGCAACUGUUAUUGUGAUUGCUUUUCUGGGCUCUUCUUGUUGCUGCUCUGAUCCCUGUAUUGAGUGGAACCUGUGAGACUGAAAAAAGAUGCUCUUAUGGUGUUCACACAGUACAAGCUCAUCAAGAACUAGUCAAAUUUUUUUUUGGUAGACUUUCUUAUGUUUCUCUUUUUUGAUGCAGAUCUUAGAGAGAAUUAACAGGAAUUACAAAUGUCUGAUAUGUUGGCUUAAAAAGAAAAGUGCUCAAUACUAGGUUGUAAAUUUGUAGGUUAACAAAUGAAUUUUGAGUCUCCAAAUCAAUGUAUCCAGUACCUGCCAAGUCUUCAGCAUUAGCGGUCUCUGUAUUUGUUUCUU